UUCCGGUCAGUUUGUGUGAAUUGUUUGGAGUUGUCGGUGCCUCGUUCUCGUCGGUCCUGUCGGUGUGCUGCUGUGGAAGUUCGGCUCCGGUCCGGUUCGGCAGGAGCUCAGACAUGUAGGAGCCGUGGAGCUCUACUGGACAGGACGGAACCGGAGGACUUCUGUCCCGUGGGACAUGUUGUGAUGGAGGAGGAGGCAGAGCACAGUCAUUAUGUGGAUCAGCUGAAAGCUGAGUUCGACAGCUGCGACACCACAGCCACUGGCUUCCUGGACAGAGACGAGCUGACAGAGCUGUGCAGGAAGCUGCAGCUGGAUUCACAUCUGCCACUGCUGCUCACCACGCUGCUGGGAGAAACAGCAUACGGCAGGGUGAACUUUGAGGAGUUUAAGGAGGGAUUUGUGGCUGUUUUGUCACAGUCUCUGGACUUCAGCACCUCAGACAGCAGCAGCAGCUACUUGGAGCCAGCUGUCUCAGAGGACGUGAAGCCAAAGUUCAUAAAGGGAUCAAAGCGUUAUGGCCGCCGCUCUCACCCCGACAGCAGACCUGACACUGUUUGUACCUGUGACUCGGAGGACCUGCCGGGGUCCAAAACCGAAGCCAUGGACUUGUAUGGCAUCCAUCAGGCCAAACUGAGACGGGCCACAUCUCUGGAGAGCGUCGAGAGCCUGAAGUCUGAUGAAGAGACAGGAAGUAACAAGAAUUCCCAGGAGUUUUUUCAGAGUAAAGGAGAGCCACAGCAGCAGGUGGAAGGAGAAGAUCAUCAGAUCCUGACAGCAGUGUGUGGUCAUCUGGAUGUGCAGGCCCACGAGGUGCUCGAGGAGGUCUCAGCCCGCUUCACCUCCCCUUCUCUACUGACGGCCACUGUAGGUCAGAGGGUCCUUAGCCAGCUGGAUGAUGGGUCAGGAUGCACCAGUCCAGAGCAGAUCAUGGCGCUGUGGACCGAGGAGGGAAUUAGAAACAGCCAGGAGAUCCUGCAGACCCUGGACUUCCCCCUGGAGGAGCGUCUCAGUUUAGUGGAUCUGACCCUGGCUCUGGACAAUGAGCUGCUGCUCAGUGGGAACGGGAUCUACCAGGCAGCCCUCGUUUCCUACAAGAAUGAAAUCCAGCAUCUGCAGUGGGUGUCAGAGCAGGCCUGCAGGGAGCGGGACAAACUGAGGAUGGACCUGGACUUGGCCAAUCAGAGGAACCUGGAGCUCGUCAGAGAGGUGGAAGAUCACCACGCCAACAUGGAGAUGCUCAAUGAGAGCAGGAUCAGGGACCUGGAGCAGGACUUCCAUGGGAGACUGACAUCACUGCGCUGUCAGUCGGUGCAGGAGAAUGAGGUGCUGCUGCAGCAGGUGGACCAAGAACGCAUCUCGCUACAGGAGGAGCUGCAGCUGGUCAGAGAGCAGGAGGCGGAGCUACACAGGCAGCUGAGCAGUGCCUCACAGGAGAACCUCCGUCUGGAGGAGGACUUGGAUGCUGUGAAGAUAAAGCUGAAUGAAGCAGAAAGUUUAGUGAACCGAUUGCAGGGAGACCUGAAGCAGUUGCUGCACCAUAAGUUUGGCAGUUUGGACCCAACUGGUGCCGCUCUGAGUCAUGAGGAGAAGUUCUGUGAAAUCAUUGAAGAGUAUGAGCAGCAGUGCAGGGACCUGCGAGACAGAAACGAUGAGCUAAGCUUAGAGCUGGAACUGCUGAAGAGUCAGAAGAGCAACAGGAAGUCCAAACAACCCUUCGGAUAUGAUGUCGACACCUCAGCGCUGAGCUGGUGUCAACAACUCACAGAGUCAGAUUCUGAGGAAACAGACAUGAAGCGCAGCUCAUCUCCAGUGGUGAGGAAGAAACUGCAGCCUAAAACUGAUUUGUCCUCAUUGGACGAUGUCUCGAGUCCUGCAGUCAGCAUCCAGACUGAACUGGUUGUGGAGCAGAUGAAGGAGAAACACAAGCAGGAGCUGCAGCAGCUCAACAUCCAGCUGGAGACUCAGAUGAACUACUAUGAACGGCAGCUGGAGAUGAUGAAGGACAGCAUGGAGGUGGAGAGGAAGGACAUAUCUCAGGCCUUCAAGCUGGAGAUCAGCGAGCUGGAGGAGCAGAGGAAUCAGGCGGCGCAGCAGGUGAAGCAGCUGAAGGAGAGUGUGGACAGACUGCAGACUCAGAUCCAGAAUGGAGGAGGAGGAAGGAGCAUGGAGCGGAGGAUGCAGUGGGAGCGGGCCGAGCUUGAGCAGAACUUUGCCAGAGAGAUCAGUAACUUGGUUCAGAAACUGAGCAGCGAGAAGGACCAGCUGGAGGCGGAGCUAAAGCUGAAGAUGGACCAGGAAGUGAUGCGUGUCAGGGAGGAGUCACAGCACCUCCAUCACUUCCACCAGGAGCAACAAAACCUCAAGACCAGGAUGGAGCAGGAGCUGUGUGCGCUACAGGAAGUCCUGCAAAGUGUCAGCCAAUCAGAGAGCAGUGUGAAAGAGGAACUGGAGGAGGCUCAGAGGAGGUGCUCGGAGCUGGAGGCCCGUCUGGAGGGAGGCUGUUUUCACCUGAAGGAGAGCAUCGCCUACCUGGAGACUCAGGAGGUCCAGAACCAAUGUCUGGUCCCAGAGAGGAGCAGCAUGGAGGAGGAGCUUCAAGUCCAGGUAGAGCAGUGGGGGGAGGAGCUUCAAGUCCAGGUAGAGCAGCAGGGGGAGGAGCUUCAAGUCCAGGUAGAGCAGCAGGGGGAGGAGCCUCAAGUCCAGGUAGAGCAGCGGGGGGAGGAGCUUCAAGUCCAGGCAGAGCAGCGGGAGGAGGAGCUUCAAGUCCAAGUAGAGCAGCUGGGGGAGGAGCUUCAAGUCCAGGCAGAGCAGCAGGGGGAGGAGCCUCAAGUCCAGGUAGAGCAGUGUGGGGAGGAGCUUCAAGUCCAGGUAGAGCAGCAGGAGGAGGAGCUUCAAGUCCAGAUAGAGCAGCAGGGGGAGGAGCUUCAAGUCCAGGCAGAGCAGCAGGGGGAGGAGCUCCUAGUCCAGGUAGAGCAGCAGGGGGAGGAGCUCCUAGUCCAGGUAGAGCAGCAGGGGGAGGAGCUCCUAGUCCAGGUAGAGCAGCAGGGGGAGGACUCUGUCUCUGAAAAGCUGGACCAAAGGAGCAGCAGAGAGGCUGGUCUGCAGGAAGUUCUGAAGCAGGAGCAGAACCGGGCCUGUCUGCUCCGGUCCAGUCUGGCAGAGGAAAGGAAUGAGGUGACCCGUCUGGACCAGGAGAAAAGGAUCUACGUCCGUCUGGUGGACCAGCUGUCCACUCAGGUUGUGGAGAUGGAGGAGGAGAUCUCAUCACUCCGGGACCACCUGAGAGGUCUCAGCUUGCAGCUUAAUGACACUGCAGACCUGGUUCUGGACCUCCGCAGGCAGCUCAACUCCAAAACCAGUGAGCUGGACCGCCUGCGGGUCCAAGCUGCAAACAGGAACUGGUCCUUUGAGAACAAGAACUGUGAGCUGAAGCAGGUCAGGGAGCAGGUCUUCCUCCUGCAGCAGGCUCUGCAGGACUCCCAGAACCAGCUCAGAACCCACCAGGAGGACUUUGACAGGGACAAGAGGAAGAUGGCCCAGCAGCUGAUGGAGCUGGAGAAGCUGGUCCUGGAUCUGGAGGACGUGAUGGAGAUGAAUGCUCCUCACAGAACUCAGCUGGAGGAGGUCCGAUCAGAGAAUGGAGCUCUGCAGGAGAGACUGAGGGUUCUGCAGCAAGACAUCCAGAACCUGGAAGAUGAUGUUGUCAAGAAAAAGAUGAGACUGGAGGAGAUGGACAGAGAACAUGAGAGGAGCAGAGAGGAGGAGGAGAGGCUGCACAAGGAGAACUCUAAAUAUCGUGAGGAGGUUUUGGAUCUGAGUAGCAGGAACCUGCAGCUCAGCUCUCGGCUCUGUGAGGAGCAGGAGUCGGUCCGGAUCCUGCAGCAGCGCCUGGAGGUGGUUUCCAGGGAUCAGGAGGAGGACAGAGCUGCUGGCCGGCGGCUGCAGGAGGCAGCGCUGCAGGACAAACUGAUGCUGGAGAAAGAGCUGAGCUUCAUUAAAGACAAGCUGGGCCGUCAAUCACAGCUGGAGGCGGAGCUUAGUGGUGUGAAGGAAAAACUGCAGGUAGUGGAGGAGGAGAGGAAGCUUCUGCAGAGACAUGCUGAGGAGCGAAACCACCAGGAGGAGGAGCUGCAGCACAAGGUCCUCUCUCUGCAGGGAGAGGCGGAGCUUCUUCGCUCCCAGAUCCUCACCGUCACUCAGGAGAAACUGGGCCACACCCAGGAAGUGACGGAGCUGUGCAGGAAGCUGCGGGAGGCCGACAGUAAGGUGGAGCGGCUGCAGGCUGACGUCCUCAGGCUGAGGAAGGAGGAGGAGGAGAGCAGCAGACUGAGAGUCCAGAACCAGGAGCUUCAACAGCAGCUGUCUGAGCUGCAGCACCAGGAUGUUCAGGUCCAGAAACUGACCCAGAAGCAGCAGGACCUGAAGUCCAGACUGAAUGAGGUGGAGGCAGCCUGGACCCAGACUCAGGACCAGGUGGUACGAGCGGACGCUGCCCUCAGUGUGGCGAAGGCACAGCACCUGCGACAGGUGCAGCAGCAGGCGGGGAGCAGGGAGCAGGUAGAGGUGCUGCAGGCUCAGCUGCAGGAGCAGACCAGGAGGAGUCAGCAGCUGGAGGAGGCCCUGAAGCUGCAGGUUCAGCAGAGCAGUUCUCAGAUCAGCGUGAAGCAGGAACAGUUUGAGAAGGCAACGGCAGCGCUGCAGCGCCGAGUCGAAGAGCUGGAGGUCCAGUUGAAGGGUCUGCGUCUGGUUCUGCAGGAGAAGAUCCAGCAGCUUCAGGAGCAGCUGCUGAAGAACAACAAGGUGGCUGGGAUGCUGAAGGAGGUCUACGUGGAGAACUCACAGCUGAUGAAGGCGCUGCAGGUCACCGAGCAGCGCCAGAAACAGGCUGAGAGGAAGAACUUCCUGUUGGAGGAGAAGGUUGGAGCGCUCAACAAACUGCUGCGUGAAGCUGUCGCUGCCGCACUCGCCACGUGACCUCACGUGACCUCACAGCUGGGCUGAGGUCUGAGGAUGAAGAGCAGCAGCCUGCUGAUGAUGCAAGUCCAAGAAUUAUCAGAUAUUUAUUAAGAUUAUUACACAGGUGUCAAAAAACUAAAACCAUGAGCUGCUGGGAACCGGGUGGGAGGAGGGUGAUCUUCUACAAACUGAGCUUACAGAUGAUCUUCAGAUGAAACUGACAGUUGGACUGAAUCAGCUUUAAAACUUGUUUUAAUACAGUUGUAUUUUUAAUAAAGAAAUCCAGUGUUCUAAGUAGAUCUUAGAUGGUUUCAGGAAGCACAAACUGUUACAGACGACUUGAAUCUGUUCACAUAAAUCAAGAUAAAAACAUUUUUCCUUCCACAGAACCUGCUGCCAAAACGGAUUCAGAGUAUUAAAAAUACCAAGAAAAUUCAAAAGAUUUUAGAAUAAUUAUCUGAUCAGAUAAUCAGUAAAUAAAUUUAUCUCAUAUCUACACUUAUGAUGGUUAAAACGCUUCCUGAGUUAAUAAAAAAACUGCAUCUCAAACAAGAUGAGUUUCUGUCAGAUUAUGAAGCUUAAAUCCUUCUGAUGAACUAUAGCUCGUUUUUAUUUUGAGUAAAACCAAAAGAAACCCUCAGCCCACUUAAACAGAUGACAGGUUACUGUAGGAAGUGAGCUGGUUUCUGGUGUGGUGGAGGUCAGGUUGUGAGGAGCAGCUUCAGCAGGUCUGAUUGGACCAGCUCAAACACUGCAGUGAAGGAAAACUAACUCAUCUUACAUCAGAGGUAAAUAAAGGUCAAAUCAGAGAAAAUGAGAACCCAGGAUGUUUUUAUAAAGAUUUUAACUUCUCAGGAGCACAUUUUCUGUCUGAUUGAGUUUUAACUGUUUUUUUUUUUUUACUUAUUUCAAGUCGUCUGAGGUCAGAACUUCACCUCAUAUGUAUCUUUUUUAAUCUUGAGACUUUUCCUUUAAAGUUUUACAGUCCAUGGGUUAGGGUGGGUCACCGUACAUCCUCCUUAGCAUCCUAACAGUAGAGACCUCACCAUGUCCUGCAUGGAAACACCCUGCCUUCGUUCUUCAGAGGAAACACACUCCUGUGAUUCGACAGUAAGAUAAGGAGAGUGUUCAGGCUGGUGUUUGUGUGCAGUCCUGACUCAACUCUUCUACUUUAUUAUGCAUCAGCUCAAAGACAGGGCCGACUCUGUGAGGUAAGGGACGAUCAGAAACAUUACAGGACUAGCUCAGUCCCUCUUGGUUGGACAGUGAUUUUAAACCAAGACCUUUAAUCUGGAGGGUUUGGCACAUGUCAUUCAACAUAAAGCUGUAUUAAACACACACACUGAUUUCACAGACUUAAUUUACCCUCUUUUUUCUGUUAACGUGCCUUUUCUAAAAGAAGUAGACCUUAGGGUACAUGAGAAUACCAAAGGUCAGUGUAAGGUGAAUGGGGACCUGUCCUAACCCAUGGACUGUUACAUUAAAUGAACUGUGAAACGUCCAUCAGACAGCAGCUGGUGGGCGUGGCCUCUUCAUUUCUACAGGUUGUUCAUGGCUCUUAAAGAUGUCAGUAUUACAUUUUAAUGUCAUUUAUAAGUGUUUUUGUGGACCUAAGUCUCAUUAAAUUUUUUUAUCAACUG